AUGAUUAUCAUGGAAGGUCUCCCCCACGCGCCUCCCGCUUUGGGCAUGAUUCAUCUCACGAUUCCUCUGGCUUUGCCUCCCAACGCUCUCCACCGCGUGGCUCACCUGGCGCUUCCCCUGGAUUCCAUGGACCUCAACAUAACCAGGGACCUCGACGAGCAGACUCUCCGUUCGGUCCACCAUCAAAACGUCAAAGAACACGCAGUCCAUCGCCCCGUGGUCCGCGUGCGCCAUUCGCCAACCGUCGAUCUUCAUACAGCAAGCACAGUGACAGACGCGAUCGAAGCCCUCCUUUUCGAGGUCGAGGUCGGGGAUUUUCAGGUCGCGGUGCCCCAAGGGGACGGUCUCCACGUCGAGGUCGCGAUCGCCGAGGAACUGACCGUCGUCGCUCUGACAUCCCGAGACACGCCCAAUCGAAGUCGCCCGUGCGCGACAGAAGCUUUCAUCAGUCGCCUAACCGACGUUCUCGCUCACGCAGUGACGAUUACAGUGAUCGAGAUUCUCGAUAUCGUUCUCGGUCUUUAUCAAGGCACUCCGUUCGUUCAUCCGGAUCACGGGGCUCUGUAUCUCCCUCUAAUCCGCGUCCCGACGAGCCAAUGA